AUGCCGCGCGCCGAAGCUGGAAGCACGAAAGCGCUCGGCAACAAGAUCAAAGCUAAAGGCUUAGGUCGUCUACGAUGGUACUGCCAAGCAUGCGAGCGCCAAAUGCGCGAUGAGAACGGAUUCAAAUGUCACGUCCAAAGCGAAAGCCACGUCCGACAGGUCCUACUCAUCGGCGAGGACCCGAAGCGGUAUAUCGAGGACUACAGCAGGCAGUUUAUCCGCAAUUUCCUGGAUUUGCUACGGACCACACAUGGCGAGAAGAAGGUGCACAUCAAUCAGUUUUAUCAGCAGGUUAUUGCGGAUAAGGAGCACAUUCACAUGAACGCGACGAAGUGGAAGAGUCUUUCCCAGUUCGCGGCGCACCUCGGCCGCGAGGGCCUGUGUCACGUCGAGGAAACGGAGAAGGGCCUUUUCGUUUCGUACAUUGAUCGGAGUCCGGAACAAAUGCGGCGGAAGGAGGCUAUCAUGAAGAAGGAACGGCAGGAUCGGGGCGACGAGGAGCGGGAACAACGGUUGAUACAGGAGCAGGUUGAGCGGGCGCGGGCAAAGGAGAAGGAGGAGGAAGUCGAUCCUGAGGCGAGGAAUCUGCAGCGCAAAGAGGGCGAGAAGGUCAAAUUGAAUAUUGGAUUCGGCGCGAAACCCUCCUCGCCAGCACCGACCACCGAGCCGUCGGGAACCCAGUCACCCGAUGAGACGGAGAAAGAGAAGGCAUCCUCGUCUGCAACUCCCGAGUCUUCAGCAGCUGCCUCUCCCGCACCGACACAAGCCCCUCAGGCCGCGCCGAAAGUUUCACUCUCGUUAGGUGGUGGGAAUGGCAAGCCGAAGAACGUGUUCGCAUCCGCCGCGAAGAAAAACCCGCUGGCCGGGAAGAAGGGAACCGUCAUGGCAGCGCCCAAGAAGAUGUCUGAGCAGGAGCGGAUUAUGAAAGAGGAGAUGGAGGCCAUGCAGCGGAAACGGUUGGGCGGAGGUGGCAUGCCGAACCCUAAGCGGCCUAAGGUCUCAUGA